CUGAAUGUGUGUUGCAGGUCCUUGCUAAGUCCCGAAGGACCCGUUGGAACACCGCCGGAAGAUACAGGUAUAUGUUAAACAGCGCAGCGCGGCUUGUUUGCGCGAAGAGAAAAGGGGUUUCCCCGUUUCGCGCGAACUGGAUACACACACACACACUCACUAUACGUGCAGAGUGUGUGUGCGCGUCUGUGUGUAUGCAGCUACGGCUGUUUGCCCGAGGGGAUGAUAGGCUAGGACCCAGGUUGAGACCCGUGGGGGCUUUCUGAGCCUUCUUGCCUCCAGGAUUUAAACCCACCGACUCCGGUCCGCAACAAAAAGACCCCGAAUAGGGGAAAGAGAGGCACUCGGGCCCCCAUUCGGUCUCUCUGGUUGGCCGCUUCGGGCGCAGCCAGAGCAGCAGCAGCAGCAUUCAUGCCGCGGCCGAAGCGGCCACUCAGCCAGUCGAAAGAACGUUGUUCUACCGUCGAGUCGUCGUGGUUACGCGCCCAUCCUCGAACCCAUAGACCGGUCCACAAAGCGGCUCUUCUACUAUUCCUCUGUUGUCAUUGUCGUCGCUCUUCGGCACCGUCGCCUCCGCCAACAAAACACGCGCUCUCCUCGAUCGACGUGUGCUCUACCUCUCGCAUGCUCUUGUUUGUUGUGACAACUUACGCACGAACUGAAAUUAUCUGUUUAUAAUAUAUAUCUACAUUGACUACCGUCAUCCACACUACAACAACCACUUCUUCUACUACUCUUGUGACGGCUCCAAUUUACAACAACCACCGUGGACAAUCGAGGCCUUCUCACCCUGGAGCCCACGUGCCCUAAACGUAUUGGUUUUAGUAUCGACAAGAGAUGAAAGAAUUCAGUAAACUCAGGAAUGACAACUGGAGGAAACUGUGGAUCAAUACAAUGAAGAAAGUGGACAUUGCACGAAAUGACCUGGAAAAGGAGCCAAAAGACUUAACUAAUCGUACGAUGUUCCCAAGCACACAAAUUAAAAUGAGACUGAUGUCACCAAGUAGUUCACCGGCCACCUCACCGACGAUGUCGAAUUCCUCGUCGCCAACGCCUCCGGCCGUUAAUUAUAACAAGAUGACGGGAAUACCGUGUGUGGCGGCAGCCUCUCGUUACACGGCGCCCGUCCACAUAGACGUCGGUGGGACGAUAUACACUUCCUCAUUGGAAACCCUAACGAAAUAUCCCGAGUCUCGUCUGGCGAAACUCUUCAACGGCACCAUUCCGAUUGUCCUGGACUCUCUCAAGCAGCACUACUUCAUCGACAGGGACGGCGGCAUGUUCAGACACAUCCUCAACUUCAUGAGGAAUUCCAGGCUUCUCAUACCGGACAACUUCAACGAUGUUGACCUUCUGUUAGAAGAGGCUCGAUAUUUCGAUAUUGCUCCUAUGAUACGUCAACUGGAGCAACUGAAGAAAGAGAAAAUUAAAAACGGAGCAUUCUCUACGACGGGAUCUUCGAAAUCGUUGUUGGGUGGAAGACCUCAGAGUACUUCGAAUUUAGAUAAUUCGAGGACGGGAAUGGAUACCUACGAAUGCGUCGCGCUUCACGUGAGCCCUGAUUUGGGCGAGAGGAUAAUGUUGUCCGGAGACAGAGCCGUCCUCGAUGAGGUCUUCCCCGAGACGAAUCAGGCCCUGAUGGAUGCCCGAACCGGCGUCGCAUGGAACCAGCAGGACGUCCACCACGUGAUCAGGUUCCCACUGAACGGCUACUGCAAGCUGAACUCUGUCCAGGCCAUCACCAGGCUCCUCAACUCCGGCUUCAGGAUAGCUGCCAGCAACGGCGGAGGCGUCGAAGGACAACAGUUCUCCGAGUACUUGUUCAUCAGGAAAACAUUGCCGGGCUGACUGUAAACCCAUAUCAACUACAACACCCCAUCGACGCACUCGACAAUCACUCCACGGGCAUACUACUUCUUAUUUAUCCUUAACACUACAUUAUUUAUUCCUUUGUUUAUUUUUCAUUUUAUUUUUUUUGUAACAUCCAUGACCAAGCGUUUCCCAACAUUCAUUUCACAUAAUAAAAAUAGAAACCUCUUCUAUGUUACGUCCACACUAUUUCUUGACUUGAGACAUAAAAGACUAUCAAGCGUAACGUACCAACUAUGACACUGUCAUCAGUGUCAAUGAAAAACAAUUGCUAAACAUGACAUUGACAUAUGCUGUAUCUGUCUAAAUGACAACCUCUAUUCAGAUAUGUCACACCUUGUAUGUAAUUAGAGAUUGCGAAACAUUAUUAAUAACGAAAGAACUGUUUAUUUUAGUAGGCCAAUCGUUUUUGUUUAAAUGUUAGAUUUUAUUAAGGUAAAUUUAAAACCCUUUCCUAUGAUUGUUAUAAUCCUACUAUAAUACGACAAAGAUUAACUAUGUUUCUCACCAUAAAAAAAUAUAACAAUAACUAAAUGAAGUUGUUGGUUUUGGUGAUUUUUAUUUUGGGAAACGCUGAUUGGUUAAUAGAAUUUAUUGAAUGAUUGGUUAAGUUUCUUGUAAAUAAAUUCACUUGUAUGUAUGUUGCAGGAUUGGACGACCGCUCGGUUUUACUUUCAGACAAAUCACUUCAGUUUUAAACCUAUUGAUUGUAUAUACGUUACAUAUGAUUACGUUGAUAAACGAAGUCCGAUCCUGCUUAUAUAUAAAUAUUUCAUUGUUCCAUCAUCGCUUCCUUCAAUUCGCGUUUUGAUUGAUCUCAAAAGCUGCAAAAUGAGAAAGUUCAAUUCGAUCUUGCAUUUCUUACUGACGUAUAUUUAUUUUGUAAUUGUUUAC